CGGGUGGCUGUUCUCGGCCCGGCCGCUCAGGCAGCUCGGAGGCCACUCUGUUGUGGGGUCCUCGCCGCCCUUCCACGUCUCCCGGAAGAGUAGCCGGGCCGCGGCGGGGCCCGGAGCAGCUUCCCUCUGGCCGCCGGCUGCUGCGGGGGGCGGCCCAGGAGGGCGCCGAGGCCGCAGUGCAGCCGCUCCCGAGUCCUCAGGUUCACCGAUAGCAUUCUUCUGCUUCCAACAUGUCCUGGUUUGCCGAUCUUGCGGGAAAGGCAGAAGAUCUUUUAAAUCGAGUUGAUCAAGGGGCUGCAACAGCUCUCAGUAGAAAAGAGAACCCCAGCAACAUCAUAUAUAACAAAAAUGCUGACUAUCCUGAACUCCAGCAAAAUACAGAUUUGACUUAUCAGACUGAAUCUAAAGCCACAUAUAUUUCCUCAGCAGCUGAUAACAUUAGAAAUCAGAAAGCCACUAUCUUAGCUGGCACCGCAAAUGUAAAAGUAGGCUCUAGGACGCCAGUGGAGGCUUCCCAUCCUAUUGAAAAUGCAUCUGUUCCUAGGCCAUCAUCCCAGUUCGUUCGAAGAAAAAAGUCAGAACCUGAUGAUGAGCUGCUGUUUGACUUUCUUAAUAGUUCCCAGAAGGAGCCUUCCGGGAGGGUGGAAAUCAAAAAAGAAAAGAGCAAGACACCUGUCUUUCAGAGUUCUCGGACAGCAACUGUCAGUUCUAUGAACACCAGCAAAACCACCGUGAAAACCAUUGAGGAAAAUCCUCCUGGGAGCCAAACUGAUGAAACCUCUAAUAAUUCAGAUUCUGGCCAUGAAGUUCAGGAGGAUUCUUCAAAGGAAAAUGUAUCAUCAAGUGCUGCCUCUACUGACCACAACCCAACACCUACUCAUGAUGGCAAAUCACAUGAACUGUCUAAUCUCCGAUUGGAGAAUCAACUGUUGAGGAAUGAAGUUCAGUCUUUAAAUCAGGAAAUGGCCUCAUUACUCCAAAGAUCCAAGGAAACUCAAGAAGAAUUAAACAAAGCAAGAGCAAGAGUUGAAAAGUGGAAUGUUGACCAUUCAAAGAGUGAUCGAAUAACUCGAGAACUUCGAGCCCAAGUAGAUGACCUGACUGAAGCGGUGGCCGCCAAGGACUCUCAACUGGCUGUGCUGAAAGUGAGGCUACAGGAAGCUGACCAGCUCCUGAACACUCGCACUGAAGCCCUGGAAGCCUUACAGAGUGAAAAGUCACGAAUAAUGCAGGAUCACAGCGAAGGUAGCAGCCUGCAGAACCAAGCUCUGCAAACCCUUCAGGAGAGAUUGCAUGAAGCGGAUGCCACCCGGAAGAGAGAGCAAGAGAGCUAUAAACAAAUACAGAGUGAGUUUGCUGCACGCCUUAAUAAGAUGGAAGUGGAACGUCAGAAUUUGGCAGAAGCAGUUACUUUGGCAGAAAGAAAAUACUCGGACGAGAAGAAGAGAGUCGAUGAGCUACAGCAGCAAGUCAAAGUGUACAAGUCCAACUUGGAGUCCUCUAAGCAGGAAUUAAUUGAUUACAAGCAAAAAGCUACCAGAAUACUCCAAUCCAAAGAAAAAUUGAUUAACAGCUUAAAGGAAGGCUCUGGUUUUGAAGGCCUUGAUAGCAGUACUGCUAACAGCAUGGAGCUAGAAGAACUCCGGCAUGAAAAGGAAAUGCAGAAGGAGGAAAUACAGAAGCUGAUGGGUCAGAUACAUCAGCUGAGAUCUGAAUUACAGGAUAUGGAAGUGCAGCAGGUUAGUGAAGCAGAAUCAGCAAGAGAACAGUUACAAGAUCUGCAAGACCAAAUAGCUGGACAGAAAGCAUCUAAACAAGAACUGGAGGCAGAAUUGGAGCGACAAAAGCAGGAAUUCCACUACAUAGAAGAAGAUCUGUAUCGAACAAAGAACACAUUGCAAAGCAGGAUUAAAGAUCGAGAAGAAGAAAUUCAAAAACUUCGGAAUCAGCUUACUAAUAAAACUUUAAGCAACAGCAGUCAGUCUGAGUUAGAAAACCGGCUCCAUCAGCUAACAGAGACUCUGAUCCAGAAGCAGACCAUGCUGGAGAGUCUCAGCACAGAGAAAAACUCUCUGGUUUUCCAGUUGGAGCGCCUCGAGCAGCAGGUGAACUCUGCCAGCGGAAGUAACAGUAACGGGUCUUCCAUUAAUAUGUCUGCAGUUGACAGUGGCGAAGGCACACGGCUCCGAAAUGUUCCUGUUCUUUUUAAUGAUACAGAAAUGAAUUUGGCAGGAAUGUAUGGAAAAGUCCGAAAAGCUGCUAGUUCAAUUGACCAGUUUAGCAUCCGCCUGGGAAUUUUUCUCCGAAGAUAUCCCAUAGCGCGAGUGUUUGUCAUUAUAUAUAUGGCUUUGCUUCACCUCUGGGUCAUGAUCGUUCUAUUGACUUAUACACCAGAAAUGCACCAUGACCAACCACAUGGCAAAUGAACUGAACCCAGUUGUUUCAGUGGUUUGUUGUCUUUUUUCAAACUUGGGAUCUGCAAAAGGACUAGUUGCCUAAAAUUGCUGAGGACAGUGCACAAGGUUAUUUCAUCACUACAAGCUUUUAACUUGUUAAAUUAUUAUACAAGUUCUCUGCUACCUAAAGCUUCCUCUCAUUUCCUUCAAAUGGUAAGAGUUUCUAAAACAGACAAUAAUUUAAUAAUCUCAGCUCUGCUUUGUCUGAAGUCAGAGGUUCAGUGUAUGUUUGUAUACACAUAGAUGUGCUGGGUUUGUUCGCCCCUGUACAGACCAUCCUAUUAAGUGACAUGCAUUAUGGGUUAUAAUCAGGGAAACUAAUUAUUUGGUGAUACAAAUAAAAUUGUUUUCUUUUGCUAA